AUGAAACAAGCCGACAAUUCUAGCGCUGAGAUUGCAGGUGCUGGUAGCGUCACGCUGAAUAACUCUCCCGCCGCCCUCAAUGUUGAAGAAUAUGCCGCUUCCCCGACCAAUUCAAUAAGAACUGGAUUACCAAAACAGCGUGGGCAGUCACUAUCGUAUUGGCUUCAACAAGUCCGUUCUGAUCCGCUAUUGGACCAUAGAACCACAGGAGACUUGCCAAAGGAUUCCGACACUGUGAUUAUCGGAUCAGGGAUUACAGGUACACUUGUUGCUCGAGAGCACCUUCGCACUUUCCCAAACAGAAGCUUAGUGGUCAUUGAAGCACGCGAGUUCUGCUCGGGAGCAACUGGACGCAACGCCGGACACUGCAAGCCUGAUCAGUGGCGAGGUUUCGGCAAGUUCGAAAAGGCGUACGGCAAAGAGCAAGCUAUCAAGAUUCUGCAAAACGAAGCAGACACCUGGAAUGCACUCGUCGCUUACGUAAGGGACCAUAACGUAGACUGCGAUCUUUGGCUUGGCGAUACAUUAGACGUGCCAGUUGAUGAUGAAGUUGCAAAGGUGGCCAAGGAGACUUUUGACAGGUACAGAGAAGCUGGUGGGAAAGUAGACCACAUCAAGGUCACACAAGACCCUGCUGAGGCAGCGCGACGAUCGAGGAUCAAGUAUGCAAAGGCGUGCUAUGCAUGGCAAGCGUCGACUCUUCAGCCUUGGAAGUUGACGGCUCACAUCAUGCGCGAGAACCUCGAGAGUGGUGCCAACUUGCAAACGUAUACAGUCGCGACUUCUAUCUCGGAAGCCACUGAAGGACAAAGGAAGUGGAUUAUUCAUACCGAUCGUGGCAACAUCACAUGCAACAACGUCGUUCAUGCCACAAAUGCCUACAGUGCUGCUCUUGAGCCGUCAUUACGAGGUGUCAUUACGCCGAAGCCGCACAUUUGUACGAAAGUAGUACCACCGCGGGUUGCCAGUGGUUCCCAAGCCAUUCGGAAUUCUUACGGCGUUCUUCUUCCGGACGGUGCCCUCUUCAGCAUCAACCCUCGCUGCACUGCUGAUGGAAAUGUCAUGUUUGGUGGAUCGAAUCCUGGCCAACAGGCGCUUGAUGAUUGGGUCGAAAGACAUCCUGAGAAUUGCAUCAACGAUGGUCUGUUGAACGUUGAAGGUGUGACUCAAUGCGUCAAAAGCUUCAUCAUCCAAAACUUCGAGGGAUGGGCUGAUGUUCAUUAUGGGCCAGGAGAGGGGAUCGAAUACAGCUGGAGCGGCAUCAUCGGGUUAAGUGUCGACGGUGUGCCCUUCGUGGGAGAAAUUCCUAGCAAGCGCGGACAGUGGAUCUGCGCCGGACAUCAUGGACACGGUAUGGCACGAAUUUUCACAGCAGCGCCUGGUCUUGUGAAGCUCAUGAGCGGCGAAUCUUGGAUUGCAACUGGUCUUCCGGAGGUGUAUCAAAUCACAACAGAACGAUUGGCAAGACUCAAGAGCACAUCGGCCUCGAAAGUCGCAACUGUUUGA